CUUAUCGUUUUCGCAUAUAAAAAUAAUAAAAUAAAAUUUUUUGUAUUCUUUUCCUUCAAAACAAAUUAAAAACGUUUUUCAUUUUUUUUGUUUUGUAUAAUUAAAGAAAAGAAUUUCCAUUUACACGAAUUUCCACCUAUAUCAAUAGAUUCUCGCGCGGAUACAGGGAAAAAGACAGAAAUGUCGUACAAAGAAAAACCAAGUACGUCCAAUAACAAGGAGGAGAUGUUUGACUGCUUCUACACCGAAGUAAAACAAAUCGAAAAAAGAGAUUCUGUAUUAACUUCGAAACAACAAAUUGAUAGAAUCCUUCGUCCUGGCUCAACAUAUUUCAAUUUAAAUCCAUUCGAAGUUCUUCAACUCGAGCCCGAAUCGACCAUCGAAGAAAUUAAGAAAAAAUAUCGUUCUCUUUCGAUUUUAGUUCAUCCGGACAAGAAUCAGGACAAUAAGGAGCUGGCCCAAACAGCAUUUGACAUUAUCAAUCGAGCCUGGAAGACUUUGGAAAACGAAAAGACACGCAAAAAAUGUCUAGACGUUUACGAGGAGGCCAAAGACAGAACAGAUCAUAUGAUCGCAGAGAAAAAAAAGAAACUGAAAAAAGAUGGGAAGUCCCAUGAACCUAUCCCAGAGGAUGACCCAGAGAAAUAUAAGCAUGCAAUUUAUGUUAUGGUCAUGAAGCUGUUUGCUGACAUGGAACGUCGGAAACAACAGCUCGAGCAACGUGACCAAGAGGAACGGAAACGAAAACGCGAAGCCGAAAUCGAAGAAGAAGAGAAGCGUAAAACCGACAAAGAAUGGCAACAGAACUUUGAGGAAUCACGACAAAAUCGAGUAAAUAGUUGGCAUGACUUCCAAGCUGGCACGUCCAAGAAGAAGAGUAAAAAACAAAAGAAAAUGCACGGAAUGUUUGAACCACCGAAACUAAAGCCAGAAACUCGAUAGAUCUCGUACGCACUUGAAUCUUCAUCAUAGACACAGUUCACGCAGUUAGUAGUUGGCCUUCCCAAACUAAAAAAAAACUUAACAUUUACACACGUUUAUGUGUAAAUGUUUUAGUUGUUGAUUUUAAAUUAUUAAGUAAAAAAAAACAAAAAAAAGUUCGGAAAGGCUUUUUGCGAAAAACUCAUAAUUUUUACAGUUUUAUCACAACAGAAAACCAUUCAUUAGGUAACUCCAUAAAAUAUUUUUUUUUUCUUUAUCUAAUAUUGAUUUCGAAGUGAGCAAUAAUAUUCUUAUUUUAUAUGCAACAAAC